AUGGGGAAAGCAACACACAUCAUCCGCUUCGUCGCGAGCGAGGACAACCGCAUUCACCUGGGCCAGUUGGUUGACACGACUCGAGACGUUGGCCUGGAUAGCGUCGAGGGCAAGGAAAUCAAGGCCUACCUGAUCAACGGCUCGAUAUUCGCGCCCGAGGUCACAGAGCAUGUCUACACGGUUAAGCAGCUGCUGAGCCCCGUGUCGAUGGAAGACUGCAACUACAUCCGGUGUUUGGGGUUGAACUAUAUGGAUCACGCAAAUGAAGCGAACAUGGCCCUCCCCAAGGCCCCCAUCCUCUUCACCAAGCCGCGCACCGCGCUGGCCGACCCCUACCCCGCCGUGAUCCCCGUGCCCAAGGCCGCGCAGGACGGCACGUCGGACUACGAGGCCGAGUUGUGCGUCGUGAUCGGGAAGACGGGACGAGACAUCCCCGAGGACAAGGCCCUCGACUACGUCCUGGGCUACACGUGCAGCAACGACGUCUCGGCGCGGACGAUGCAGAUGUUGACCACGCAGUGGUCGUUUUCCAAGGGCCUGGACGGCAGCUGUCCGCUGGGCCCCGUGCUGGUCACCAAGGACGCCAUUCCCGACCCGCAGGCUCUGAAAAUUAAAGCAAUAUACAACGGCCAGGUCGUGCAGGAUGGGAACACCAAGGACAUGAUCUUCCCCAUCGCCAAGCAAAUCAGCUACCUCUCGCAAGGCACGACCAUCGAGGCCGGUACUAUCUUCCUGACUGGCACGCCCGCGGGCAUCGGCUUCUUCCGCAACCCGCGCGUCGUGCUCGAGCACGGUGGCGACAUCCGCAUCGAGAUCGAGAAGAUUGGCACCUUGGUCAACAAGGUGCGGUAUGAGGAGUGGUAA